GUGGCCGCUCACGGUCCCGCGGCUGUCGCUGCUGCUGUGGCUGCUGUGCCCAGGCCUCGCCGGACAGACUCUCUUCCAGAGCCCGGAAGAGGGCUGGCAGCUCUACACGUCAGCCCAGGCGCCGGAUGGCAAAUGCAUCUGCACAGCCGUGAUCCCUGCACAGAGCACCUGUGCCCGGGAUGGUCGGAGCAGAGAGCUUCGGCAGCUCAUGGAGAAGGUCCAGAAUGUGUCGCAGUCCAUGGAGGUCCUUGAGCUAAGGACCUAUCGGGAUCUCCAGUAUGUUCGCAGCAUGGAGACCCUCAUGCGGAGCCUGGAUGCAAGGCUCAGGGCGGCCGAUGGGUCAGUCUCUGCCAAAAGCUUCCAGGAACUGAAGGACAGGAUGACAGAGCUGCUACCCCUGAGUUCAGUGCUGGAGCAGUACAAAGCAGACACACGGACCAUUGUGCGCCUGCGGGAGGAGGUGAGGAACCUCUCUGGCAACCUGGCUGCCAUCCAGGAGGAAAUGGGUGCCUACGGGUACGAGGACUUGCAGCAGCGCGUGAUGGCCCUGGAAGCCCGACUCCAUGCCUGCGCGCAGAAGCUGGGCUGCGGCAAGCUGACAGGCGUCAGCAACCCCAUUACCAUUCGGGCCAUGGGUUCCCGCUUUGGCUCCUGGAUGACUGACACAAUGGCCCCCAGCGCAGACAGCAGGGUCUGGUACAUGGAUGGCUAUUACAAAGGCCGCCGAGUGCUGGAGUUCCGUACUCUGGGAGACUUCAUCAAAGGCCAGAACUUCAUCCAGCACCUGCUGCCACAGCCAUGGGCAGGUACGGGCCAUGUGGUAUACAACGGCUCUCUGUUCUACAACAAGUACCAGAGCAACGUGGUGGUCAAAUACCACUUCCGGUCCCGCUCGGUGCUGGUGCAGAGAAGCCUUCCGGGAGCUGGUUACAACAACACCUUCCCCUAUUCCUGGGGCGGCUUCUCGGACAUGGACUUCAUGGUAGACGAGAGCGGGCUGUGGGCUGUGUAUACCACCAACCAGAACGCGGGCAACAUCGUGGUCAGCCGGCUGGACCCUCACACCCUAGAGGUCGUGAGGUCCUGGGACACCGGGUACCCUAAGCGCAGCGCCGGCGAGGCCUUCAUGAUCUGCGGUGUCCUCUACGUGACCAACUCUCACCUGGCCGGAGCCAAGGUCUACUUUGCGUACUUCACCAACACGUCCAGCUAUGAGUACACGGAUGUGCCCUUCCACAACCAGUACUCGCACAUCUCCAUGCUGGAUUACAACCCCAGGGAGCGGGCCCUGUAUACCUGGAACAACGGGCACCAGGUGCUGUACAACGUCACCCUCUUCCACGUCAUCAGCACUGCCGGGGACCCCUAGGUGCCCGUGCAAGGGCUGUGGGGAGCCUUCCCACGCGGCCCGUGAGCCACGCCCCUCCCCUCCGCCCAGCCUUUUCUUGGUCACGCCCUUGCCCGAGGUUCCUUCCCCCACUUUCCCAGCCCAGCUUCUGUUCUCUAUCUACCCACGCAUUGUCUCCAUUUAUUGAUGUCUGCUUUUGAUACUCCACUUCUGAGUCUUUCCGCCUUUUUAUGGAUGCUCUCCUUACUGACCGGACCUCUCUCCUCUCCACUCUCCCUCCUCUUCCUCUCCCAGUUUCCCACAUUCCUUAUCCCUCACCCCCACCCUAUCCCUGGAUCUGAGUGCAUGGAUUUUGUUUUUUAAAUUUAUUAUUUACACGUUUUCUUUCUGGGAUGCCAGAAUAAACUGGAUCUUUGACA